UAGGCUGGCAAGAAAGGGCAGCUAGGAAAGGGACAGGCAGGUAGACAAAACGGACAGAGGCGAGCCUAAGGCAAGUGGCUGCACGGAACAAGCGGGUGAGAAAGUGUUCACAGGAGAGACAACCAGUGCAUGAAAUUACAGAGCGCCUGUCGCUUAUAUAACGGUGCGUGUCGUCUUGUAUGUGAAAAUGAUUACACUGGGAAGUUACUGUGAGCAAAAUGACAGUGUCUCCCAAGCAUGGCUGGACAAUGGCCUGGCCCCUUGCUUUUAUUUUACCUUGGUCCCCUCUGUGCUUCUCAGCCUCUCUCUCUUAUUAGGAACCUUGCAGUCUGCCUUUUAUGCCCGAUAUAGCAGGACUAUGGAACCAAAAUACAUCCCAAGAUCACAUCUCUACCAUCUCCAGAUAUUGUUGUCCGUGGUGAUGAUUGCACAAUCUUUGGGUGGCCUGAUCUGGCAGGUUGUAGGUACUCAGACCCUAUAUAGCUAUAUGAUUGUAUAUGCUUGUCUCUCAGUUGUGGCCUGGGGCUUUAGUAUUUGGCUCCUUCAUUUGGAGAGGACAAGGGCCUUGGAGCGAGAGAGGAGCAGGGGUCAUGGAAUAGUGCUGCUUUUUCUUUGGGCUUUGGCCUUUGCAGCUGAGAACUUGGCUUUUAUAUCGUGGAAGAGUCCUCUUUGGUGGUGGUCUUCAUUGAACAACACACAACAAAAAGUGCAGUUCAGCCUUUGGAUUCUGAGAUACGUCUGCACAUUCUUCCUUUUCGCGCUGGGAUUCAUCGCACCUGGCCGGCCGCACAAGCCAUAUGUUCUGCUAAUCAAUGAAGAUGAAAGAGAUGUGGAACAUGCACAGCUUUUGUUAAGAGAGUCAAAUGAAUCUACCUGGAAUGGCUUUAAAAAAAAGCUGCGUUUGCUGGUCCCCUACCUUUGGCCAAAGGGCAAUAUUCCUCUGCAGCUUGUGGUGCUUCUUUGCAUGGGAAUGAUGGGAUUGGAAAGAGUCAUUAAUGUCUUUGUUCCCAUAUACAACAAGAACAUAGUGAAUGAGCUCACAGAUGGAUCUUCCUGGCAUACUCUGGCAUUAACUGUGUGCGUGUAUGUUAUACUCAAGUUUUUGCAGGGAGGCGGAGCAGGUGCAACCGGGUUUGUCAGUAACAUGCGAACCUUUCUCUGGAUUCGGGUUCAGCAGUUUACUAACCGACAAGUACAAAUCCGUCUCUUUGCCCACCUUCAUUCCCUUUCCCUACGCUGGCACCUUGGACGUAAGACUGGGGAGGUGCUACGUAGCGUGGACAGGGGAACCAGUAGCAUUAACAGCCUGCUUAGCUACAUAGUGUUCAGUAUUCUUCCCACUAUUGCUGAUAUCAUUAUUGGAAUAGUUUAUUUCACAUCUUCCUUCAAUGCAUGGUUUGGGCUGAUCAUUUUUAUCUGCAUGAGCUUGUACCUAACUUUGACGAUCAUUAUCACUGAAUGGAGGACAAAGUAUCGACGGGACAUGAAUACCCGGGACAAUGAAGCCAAAUCUCGAGCUGUGGACUCCUUGCUCAAUUUUGAAACAGUAAAGUAUUAUAAUGCAGAGAGUUAUGAAGUGAACAGGUUUGAUGAAGCUAUUGUGAAAUAUCAGGUGUCAGAGUGGAAAGUAAAUGCUACUCUCGCCAUGCUGAAUCAGACCCAGAACUUUAUCAUUGGGCUGGGGUUGCUAGCUGGCUCCUUGCUCUGUGCAUAUUUUGUCACUGAGAACAAGUUUAAAGUGGGUGACUAUGUGCUGUUUGGGUCUUACAUUAUCCAGUUAUACACACCUCUGAACUGGUUUGGCACUUAUUACAGGAUGAUUCAGAAUUCCUUCAUUGACAUGGAGAAUAUGUUUGAACUUUUUAGUGAAGAUGAAGAGGUGAAAGAUAAAUUAAAUGCUCCAGAAAUGAGGUUCCGCUCUGGGAAAAUAGAGUUUGAGAAUGUACAUUUCAGCUAUAUGGAUGGCAAGGAGAUCCUGAGAGAUGUCUCAUUCACAGUGAUGCCAGGACAGACUGUUGCACUGGUGGGUCCAUCUGGCUCAGGAAAAAGCACCAUUAUACGCCUUCUCUUUCGAUUUUAUGAUGUCAAAGGAGGAAGCAUUAAGAUUGAUGGGCAAGACAUCUCCAGGGUCAAGCAGGCUUCCCUUCGUUCUCAUAUUGGUGUUGUACCGCAGGAUACUGUUCUUUUUAAUGACACAAUCCGGAACAACAUACGUUAUGGACGUGUCAGUGCUUCAGAUCAGGAGGUGGAGCAGGCUGCAAGUGCAGCCGAUAUACAUGAACGCAUUCUGUCCUUCCGUGAUGCAUAUGAAACCCAGGUUGGGGAACGAGGGUUGAAAUUGAGUGGAGGAGAAAAGCAGAGAGUUGCUAUUGCUCGAACCAUUCUGAAAUCUCCACAGAUUGUCCUGCUGGAUGAGGCCACCUCAGCACUGGACACUGAGACAGAACGCAACAUCCAAACUUCUCUGGCUAAAGUCUGUGCCAAUCGCACCACUGUUGUUGUUGCACAUAGGCUUUCUACUGUGAUAAAUGCUGAUCAGAUCCUGGUUCUUAAAGAUGGUCAGAUUAUAGAGCGAGGAAGACAUGAUGAGCUUUUGGAUAAAGGAGGUGCCUAUGCUGGAAUGUGGCAGAAGCAGCAAAGUGGCAAUGAUUCUGACUCAGAUUCUGAGAGGAAAGACCGAAGCUCAGAGAAAUUACAACCACCUAAACCAUCUCUCCGAAAAGGACACUAACAAAUGAUGAACAAGAAGCAUGAUACAAAGGUCUCUGCUCCAAAAACUGCUUUCAUUAGGAAUAUGCAACCAGCCUGGAUUAGGUCACCAAUCUGCUCCACAGAGGACAAAUACCAAUUGAAAGGGUUAAAUAUAUAUAAAAACAGAUGGUGCGCUAAAACAGCUAGGUAUUAGGAUAUUAAAGCCCAGUAGAUAAUUAGGGAUUAAAAAAUAUAUCUAUAUUAAUAAAUACAUACAAAUAAAUCUC